GAGCCUUUCCUGUCACUGGGUACUACGGCGCCCGGCCCUCCUCCGAGCCGCCCGGCCGGGCCCCCGGGCUCCCGUCUACAAGUGGCAAUUUGACUUGCUCUGCUGCAUGUCAGCAGGCGCCGUGCAAAGUGUGGAGACGGCCCGGGGACUGCGCGAUCGCGGCUUAAAAAGGAGAAAAGCCAAACAAAUAAACAAAACCCGCCCUCCCUAGCCGACAUGCGGCUGCUGGAGAGGGCGAGGAAGGAGUGGUUCAUGGUCGGCAUCGUGCUGGCGAUCGCCGGGGCAAAGCUGCAGCCGGCCGUGGGGGUGAACGGGGGGCCGCUGAAACCCGAAAUAACUGUCUCCUACAUUGCUGUGGCAACGAUAUUCUUCAACAGUGGACUGUCGUUAAAAACAGAGGAGCUGACCAGUGCAUUGGUGCAUAUAAAACUGCAUCUGUUUAUUCAGAUCUUUACACUGGCAUUCUUCCCAGCAGCAAUAUGGCUUUUUCUCCAGCUUUUAUCAAUCACACCUAUCAAUGAAUGGCUUUUAAAAGGUUUGCAGACAGUAGGCUGCAUGCCUCCUCCUGUGUCUUCUGCAGUGAUUCUAACCAAGGCAGUUGGUGGAAAUGAGGCAGCUGCAAUAUUUAAUUCAGCCUUUGGAAGUUUUUUGGGCAUCGUUGUGACACCCGUGCUCCUGCUGCUUUUUCUCGGUUCAUCCUCUUCUGUGCCUUUUAGAUCUAUUUUUUCUCAGCUCUUUAUGACUGUCGUGGUCCCCCUCAUUAUUGGACAGAUUGUCCGAAGAUACAUCAAGGAUUGGCUCGAAAGAAAGAAACCCCCUUUCGGGGCUGUCAGCAGCAGCGUACUCCUCAUGAUCAUCUACACCACGUUCUGUGACACCUUCUCCAACCCGAGCAUCGACCUGGAUAAAUUCAGCCUUAUUCUUAUACUGUUCAUAAUAUUUUCUAUUCAGCUGAGUUUUAUGCUCUUAACCUUCAUCUUUACAACAAGGAAUAAUUCGGGUUUCACCCCAGCGGAUACCGUGGCCAUCAUUUUCUGUUCUACACACAAAUCCCUCACCUUGGGAAUCCCAAUGCUGAAGAUAGUGUUUGCAGGCCACGAGCACCUGUCGCUGAUCUCCGUGCCCCUGCUCAUCUAUCACCCGGUCCAGAUCCUGCUGGGGAGCGUGCUGGUGCCGACAAUCAAGUCCUGGAUGGUGUCGAGGCAGAAGGGAGUGAAGCUGACGAGGCCGACGGUGUGAGGAAGGAGGCGCUCACGCCGGGUGUACAUAUGUACAGGCUGUACAUACACACACUCUGAAGACUUGUACUUGUGAAUGUUGCUUCGAUGCAUAUUUUAUUUUUUUACACAAAAAUAAGAUAUAACUGUUUAAGUGCCUUAAAAUGUAUUUGACAAAAGCAUUAUUUCCAAAACCUACUUUGUUGCUUACUGCUAGGGGGCGGGACAGUAUUCUGGAGUCGUGUCAUUUUCUUUUUUUUGCUAGACAGUCAUCCUAAGCAACAAAAGCAGACACCCUGUCUCCUCCCCUCUUCCGUGCGAUGCAACUCUACAGUAGUUACUGUACCUUGGAAAUGAGGCCAGGCCAUCAGGAAAACGCCCUCCCAGCGACAGUGAAAAUUUCCAAAGUCUUACUCACAAAUGCUUUGAUUAACUGUGUGAUUCUUUUUUUUUUUUUCCUACGACUGUGACACGCCUCUUCUUCAUCAACUCGGCAGGGGUCAGAGUUAGAGAUGCUGAGAAGCAUAAGUGGUCUGCUUUCUUGAUAUCAUAUUUUUAGACAUUCCUUUCACUAAUUCCACAUAGAAACGCCACAAUCCUAUUCUAAGAGAUCACGGCUUGAAAUUUAUUAUAAACUGCUCCAAAGAAGGGCCUGAUAUUUGAGUUUGGAAUAAAUAAGUGAAGUUUGGAGACACAAACGAGAGGGUUGGAUUGUCAGGAUUUUUAAAAUUAUAUUUCAUAGGUUUUUCCUUUUUCUGGCCUAAUUCCUUUCUUACCUGUUUGCCAACAUGCAAACUCAUGACGACAGCCAAACGCAAGACACAAAAAUGUUACAAUCAGCUUAAAAGCUGCAACAGUUCAACAUGGAUUAUAUUCACAUUCCAGCACUGAGACCCAGUGUGUUACCUGUUACACAGGUGUGCUGGCCACAGGUCAUUCCUGCUGGCCGGAGCAGACUGUUACAUCCGGGAUUAGGCACACAGGGCAUUUGAGAACCGUUGUUCAUGAGGAUUUCCUCGGCGGACUUGACCAGUGUUUGCAACUAUUAAAAAUAUCAAUCCCUUUGCUCUUAUGAAUAAAUGAACAUGGAAAAUCAUGAACCCAGCGAUGUUACAUGUACAUACUCUUUCCACCCUGGAGGACAGAAGUGGACACAGGAAAUAUAAAACCAUCCAUUAAACAAAAGAUCAAGUAAAAUUAUUUCCCAAUUUGGCAUCAUCUGUCAAAGGUGUGUAUGAUGUUUGCCUCUACUGUGACUGGACAAGUGUUCCCUGGACCCAAUAGAGAAUAAAGCAAUAUCUAGAACUAAGGGAACCCUGUUCUCUGUUUCCUGCAUCCUCUCUUUCCAGGUCUGGGGGAAUAUUGGCUCCCCGGGUCACGCUGAAAUGCACCCACUUCUCAGCAGCGGUUUUGUUGUGGUUUUGUCCACAAUAACAACAAAAAUCAUUCCUUAGAAACGUACCAAGUUGCUCAGUACUGUACCUGGACAUUCCUGUUUCUACCAGGUCUCAUCUGUGUCAUUUCUGUUUCAUUUCAAUGUGACUGAACCUCCCAAGUUCCAGAAGAGUUAUCCUCCAUGAGAAGGUGCGGCUUGUGCCAAACCCUGCAAAUUGUUUGCUGAGAAUUUCUGUUGUCAAGAAUUUCACUGUGUCGGAAACGACAGCAAUUCUGCUUUGUACUUUUGAUACUCUCAAAUGGAACCCAAAAAGUUUCCAUGUUUUGUCUUACAGCUUUCGUUGAACUUCUUAGGAAAUGGAAUUGCCUGUCUGAGCUGUCCUAAACCUUUCUUCCUAGCAUUAGCAACUGAUUUUUUUUCCUCCCAACUUAUCUACCUCUAUUGUCUAACACCUACAGUAGGUGUGAUUAUGGGAUAAAAUUUAACAGAAAAUGCUGUAACAUUUUAUAUUUUGCUUUAAAAAAGGUGUUUUGUUUUCAAAUAGUCUUUGCAUAGUGAAUUUUGGUGGCUUUAGUGAUAUGUUUGUGCCUAUUUCUUUUUUUACACAAAUGCUGUGGCAUAUUUUUCCAUAAAGAAGAAAAAAUAAAAUUACAAU